GCUUCUGGGCUGAUCGAACGCCAGUUCAUGAAGCAGCCCGGCGGGGAGAAAUCCUGCAGCUGCAACAGCUGAUAGAGAGCGGAGCCUGUGUCAACGCCGUCACCUACGACUCUAUCACCCCCUUGCACGAGGCGAGCCUGCGAGGGCAAACGCAGUGUGUCAAGCUUCUGCUGGCUGCAGGGGCCCAGGUGGAUGCCAGAAAUAUCGAUGGCAGCACUCCGCUCUGCGACGCCUGUGCCUCGGGUAGCAUAGAGUGUGUGAAAGUGCUGCUGUCCCACGGCGCCAAGGUGAACCCUCCCCUUUACACAGCAUCUCCUCUCCACGAAGCCUGCAUGAACGGUAGCUCAGAGUGCGUGCAGCUCCUCAUCGACGUUGGUGCCAACUUGGAGGCUCACGACUGCCAUUUCGGGACUCCCCUACACGUGGCCUGUGCCAGGGAGCAUCUGGACUGUGUGAAGUUGCUGCUGAAGGCAGGGGCAAAUGUGAAUGCUGCUAAACUUCAUGAGACAGCCCUCCAUCACGCAGCAAAAGUGAAAAACGUAGAUCUGGUGGAGAUGCUGAUUGAAUUUGGAGGAAACAUUUACGCAAGGGACAACCGAGGAAAGAAGCCAUCGGAUUACACCUGGAGCAGCAGUCCUACAGCAAAGUGCUUUGAGUACUACGAAAAAACGCCUCUGAGUUUGUCGCAGCUCUGCAGAGUUACGGUGAGGAAAGCCGCUGGGCAGCGAGCGCUGGAGAAGAUUGCCAAGCUAAAUAUUCCUCCGCGAUUAAUCCAGUACCUGUCCUACAACUGACAGGGGCCAAGGUGGCCGGGAAGGAUGACAUCUUUAGCU